CAAAUUGGAUCUUGGUAGAUUUCUUUUAUAUUAAAUAAUAUAAUUUUAUAAUUUAUUUUAUUUUUAAAAUGAUAUGAAUGAAGGAAAAUUAUAUUUUCUGAAAUAAAAUUAAAAUAUGGUAAGGAUAAUCUUGUAUUUUCAAAACAGCUUUUCGUAGAAGCUCCAAAUCGGAGCUUCUACUUUUAUGUUAUACAAAAGCGCUUUUCGACUUUUCAAAAGCCGAGCUUUUAUAGGUGUUUGGCCCUGCUUCAGCUUUUGAACCCGAAAAGCACUUCUAAAAGCCGGGCCAAACAUAAGGAAUUAAGGGUAGGGAUGAAAAUUUACCCACCCAUGGGCAAUUUUGCCCAAACCCAAGUAGACCCAUUUAUUAUGGGUAGGUAGGGUUUGGGUGAUGUGUGUAUGGGUUUGGGUUUGAUAUGGAUAUUAUCUAAAUGGGUAUGGGUUGGAUAUGGAUAUCCAUUUACUUGAGGGUGUUUUAACUACACAGAGUACACACACAAAAAUUGAACCUGUUUGUAAAACUUGAAAAGUUUAGGCACCAAAAUGUGAGACCAAAAAAUUUUAGGUACUAAAAUGUAUUUUUUUCAUAGAUAUUUUGAGGACUUAUAUGAAAAAAAAUUAAUUUAGGUACUAAAUAUGCAUAACUAUUAAGUUUAGGUACCAAACUGUAAUUUGCAUUUGGGUAUGGGUACAACUACUAACACAAAUCCAAAUUUUAAAAACCCAACCCAACCCAAGUAAAUGGGUAUGGGUACAAACCCAUCAAACUUUACAAAUUUAACAUCUAUUUGAAUUCCAUACCCAACCCAAUUGGGUUGGAUAGUAAAAUACCUAUGGGUAAUAUUGCAGGGAUGACUUGUUUUUUAUGGUUGUGUUGUGACUGUUUCAUCCCAUAUCCACCUGUUUUCUCCAUUGUAUAGUUCUUGUCUGGCCGCAUAAGGUUAUUUGAAGAGCCGUCUUUGAAGUUGUUGGUUCCUUUCUAUUUUUGCUUCAUUUCACAGUUGCUUCCUCUCACAUUAUGGUGUGCUAUAAAUGCUUGGGAUAAUGUAUAGUUAGCCAGCCGCCAUUCAGAUGUCUGAUCUCCAUUACUCAAUGGCAAUUUGGGAGACAGAACAAUAAAAACAGCUUAGCCUUUGCAUAAUUGGACUCAUUUUCUGUCCUCCUGAAAUUUGAAAAAGGCCUCAAGGAUUAGGACUAACAAAUGCUAGAUGGUUAGGUGGAUUUUUCAAGGUAUAAACACAGUUGUUGCCCAUAUGUGUUGCUUCCUAGUUUACGAAGCAACCUAAACCGCCAUCUUUCUUGCUCUAGGCAUUUUCUUGUGGAUCCAUGUCCUAAUCUCAAUAUUAAUUAUGCCAAAGAGAUGGGGUGUUGAGAAAUUUUUGCUAUUUGAAGUUAGUUGAACUGAAAUUACAUCAGCCUCCUCUGGGCUCAACAACUUCAUCUGAUAGGAAAGGGAGAGCCUCUCUUCAAGAUAAUUAGGACCAUCAGGAUAAAUGUUUUCUUCGACACCGUUAAAUGGCAAACUGUCAAGGCUUUGCCUCUCAGUUGUUGAGCCCAGAUGGGGCAAGUAAAAUCAACUUCAGCUUGUCUUAGAAUCACUCCCCGACUGUCUAUUGCAACAUAUCAGAAACAUUCAUUAACACUAGGUCAAAGCAUGUUAACUUAUUUUUAUUAAAAUUUGUAUUUUUGUAAAUACAAAGUACCAUAAAUUACUAAAAAUAAAAACCUCACACAAAGUAAUUGUAAUUACAAAGCAUUUUUUUGUUUUUGUUUUGUGCUUUGGACCACAUGGCAACGGGAUAGUCUGGCCCACCUGUGUUGGUUUUAAUAUAUUAGGUAAUGACAUACGGUGCGUAUCGAUCGCAUUCAUCGCCUCGGAAUCGUUGAAUUGUGUGAUUCACUAACGCAAAAUGUACGAGAGGACGAUCCGAUAGGAUGACCCUCUCUAAGCAAGUCAUUUUGAAGGAGGUAGAGGCCAGGGGACAUUGGUUACGAAUCUCAAUUCUCAACUGGUUUUCAACUUUUCAUUAGAGGCUGAUGGGAAGGAAAGGAUAAAAAUCAAAGGUAAAAAAGAUAGGGUGCUGGAAUUUGGGUGGGUACUGUCGAAGGCCAAACAGGUCGAGACCUGCAAAAAGUAGAUGUAAAAGUAAACCACAUGGGAUUGCUAAAUAAGUGUAGUAGAAACAAUGCAGAAGGCUACUGUUAUUAUGAUAUUAUGUUUUGUGUGGCAGAAAACAGGAAGAAAAAUAAAAAAAAGACACAGAAACAGAGAAACCAGAAGCUGCACUCAAGUAUCUUAACAAACAAACAACCAAAGAACAGUUUUGUAUUGUCCGGUGUGAUUUAGGCAGCCGUCGUUGUCGCAUGUUAUAGUAUUCCAGCUUCUUGGUCUUUUAUUAUAUAGGCCAGCCAGCUUCUUUGGUUUGAGUGAAGAAACGGUUGUACGUGUGUGCGUACUUCUCUUAAUCUUUGCAUGAUUUGAUUUGAGAUGUUGGGUUGGACGGGAUGUCAUACAAAGUCCAAUUACAAUGCGGUACGCUAUCGAUGAGACGUUAGAAUAUAUAUAUAUAUAUAUGGAGAAUAAGAUAAUAUAAUUAGAUUUAUCUUUAUGAAAAUCAAGUGUAACAAAGUUGACAAUUUCUCUACAAAUGCAACACACAAAUGAACGUUUUAUGAUGUCGUUUAGUAUGCAAUCAAAUAACAAGUGCCAAGUGGAGGCAUGAUAUGUUGAUGGUACUAAUGUAAGUGCAUGACAAUCAUUAGAAGAAAUAUUACUUGUAACCACAGUAAUUUCACCACCAUAGAAAAUACGGUAGUUAAUAUAGUAUUUAACAAGGAUAUUGAAAUAGUAUUGCGGGUUAUACCGGAAAAAUCAAUGGUACGGUAUUUUAUACUAAAAUCAUCGUUUACUUGUAGUUCAACCGCUUCUACCUCUAAUAUUUUCACUUUCAAGAUACCAAAUCUAAAAAUCAAAGCUAUGGCUAUUGUAGAGAAAUACCUCUAGUACUAAGUUUUUAUACUAUCUACCUCGUAUUAUUGUACUCGGACAUUUCCACUUUCAAGAUACCAAAUCUAUUUUCACCAUUAUCUAAAAAAAAUACCAAAUAGAACCAACGUAUAGAUACCUGAAAUAGUUGGGUACAAAAUUUCACUUUUCUUUCUCCCUCAAUUUUUGGCAAAACGAAAGCUUGCUUUCAAGUUUCCCUUUCUAUUUUUUGCCAAAUUGGGAAGGUCCAUUUUCUAUAUAAAUCGGCCGCCGACAUUUUCAUAAUUCCCUCAAGAAAAUUUCGUCAAAAGAAAAAAAAAAGUCAACCUUCAGUAGAAAAAAAAGUCAAAAGUAAAAAAUGACGUCGGAUGGUACGAGCGGUGGAGCGACUCGACACGACCUCACCAUUGUGAUCGUGGGGAUCGUCAUCGGGGCAAUUGCCCUGAGCUACGGCGUGUACGCCGCCGUCCAGUGGGUCAGGAAGACCUGCUUCUCGGGAGCCCCACAGCAGGCCCCACUGCCACCACCUCCUCCUCCUCAGGAGCUGGAGAUGGGGCCCGUUCCGGCAGUAGACCCUGCGCCGCCUGCCAGGAUCGCCUCCUUCCCUGUCCACGUGUACUCCACCGACACUGACGAGCGGAUCAGCGAGUGCGGGGUCUGCUUGGAGGACUACGCACAGGGCGACCAGUACUGGGAGCUCCCCACCUGCGGGCACCACUUUCACGUGGCCUGCCUCAGGGUGUGGCUGGAGUCCCACUCCACCUGCCCCUUUUGUCGCCAGACGGUUUGAGUAGCGUAGUUGCACACUAUAUUUAAUAAAUGUAUUUUAUGUUUUUUAUUUUAGAAUACGAAAAAUGUAUUGUUAUUGGAUAUAUUAUGAACCAUCGUCAUUUUUGGAUGAGUUAAGGGUGAUUUUGGCCCCCUAUAUUAUCACGUUUUCCCUAUUAUGGCCCUUAAACUAAAUUGCUUUCUAAUUAAAACCUUGAACUUUGGGCAUUUUUCUAUGACAGCCCUUACCGUUAGUAACCCAUCAAUUUUCCGUUAAGUUGGGCCACCUGUAUAUGUUGAGUCGGCGACGAGUCACACAUAAGAUGUUCAGUUACAAAAUUGCCCUAAACUAUCGCGUUUUCUCUAUUUUAGCCCCUGAACUAAUUUGUUUUCAAAUUAAAUCCUUGAACUUUGGGCAUUUUUCUAAGACAGUCCUUACUAUUGGUAAAUGGUAACCCAUCAAUGUUCCGUUAAGUUGAGACCAUACGCUGACUGGACAUGCUGAGUAAGCUAUGAGUCAGCACCAAGUCACCAGAAGAUAGGUUAAUUACAAAAUUGCCCUCAUUACUUUCCUUUUACCUAUAUCGUUUACUUUUACAAUAAAAAAAAUAUUGUCAGCCCCAAUUGGAAUCAAAUAUCGCAUUUGGGAUUAACCUAUCAAAGAGCAAAGAAAAAAAAAGCUUGUGAGAAACCCAGAGCACAGAAGCUCAAUGAAUUGAAUCUAUACAG